AUGAAGAAAUCAGAACUAGAAGAUUUAAUUGAAAAGUUUGAUACCUUGAGUUUCACCAAAGAAAAGUCAAUUCUCAAAUUGAUUGAUCCCGAUGAAAAAAUCUUACUUACUUGCAUGAUUUAGAAAUACAAUCGUAAAAAUAAAAGACAAGAAAGAAACUUGAUGAUCACAUCAAAGGGUGUGUAUGGCAUGUCAAAAAAAACUUUGAAGAGAAAGAUCCCUGUUUAAAAAGUAGGUGGUCUCACAGUUUCUAAGAUGGGUAGUGAAUUCGUCUUACAUGUACCUGAUGAGUAUGAUUAUCGUUAUUCAUCUUAUGAUAGAAGAGAUUAAAUUCUUGAGUUGAUUUGCAAGGCAUACUAAGAAUUUACAGGAUAAAAGUUACCAUUCUUCUUCCUAGAAGAUAUCAACUUAGAAAAGUAUUGUACUACCAAAGGUGAUAAAAAGAAAAAUAUAAACCGUAUGCCUCAAGAAGGAGGAGUAUUGCUCGAUCAUGAACAAUUCAACAAGCUUAUGAAUGAAAAAUCUAGCUCAAUCAACAAUGAAACCGUUUAGAUUUUCCCAUAAUAGAGCAAAAAAGGAGUUACUAUAAACGAUUUUAACCUUCUUAAAGUUUUAGGUAGAGGAGCCUUUGGUAAAGUCAUGCUAGUCGAAGAAAAGUCAACCAAGAAGAUUUAUGCCCUUAAAAGUAUAAGAAAGGAAGACAUUAUUGAUAAAGAUCAAAUAGAACAUACUAAAACAGAAAGAGUCAUAUUAGAACAUUGCAAUCAUCCAUUUUUGGUUAAUUUAGUUUAUGCGUUCACAACUCCUGAAAAAAUCUUCUUCGUCACUCAAUUCAUGAAGGGUGGUGAACUCUUUUAACAUUUAAAACAUGCUAAAAGAUUCGAUGAAAACAGAGCUAGGUUCUAUGUUGCAGAAAUAGCUUUGGCACUAGGCCAUCUCCACAAGAAAAGCAUCAUUUACAGAGAUUUAAAACCAGAAAAUAUUUUGAUGGAUGAGCAUGGUCAUAUUUGUUUGACUGAUUUUGGUAUGGCUAAGAUAGUCCGUAAAAAUGAAUUAGCUAUGAGCUUCUGCGGAACUCCUGAGUAUCUAUCUCCUGAAAUUAUCUCUGGGGUUGGACACACUAUUUCAUGUGAUUGGUGGGCUUUGGGUAUAUUUACUUAUGAAAUGCUUUUUGCUCUUCCUCCUUUCUACACUCAAAACUAAGAUCAAAUGUUCAAAGCUAUUAAAGAAUCUCAAAUUCGCUUCCCUGAUAAGAUAGCAAUUUCACCUGAAGCACAAAACUUUAUCUUAUCCUGCUGCAAAAAGGAUCCCCAUUAACGUUUGGGCACUCAUGGAGAUCUCGAAGAAAUUAAAAGUCACCCUUGGUUGGCUGGAAUGGAUUGGGAAGCAUUACUUAAUAAGACUGCAGAACCUCCUUUCAAGCCUAAGAUGGAACACUGGGAACAUUAUUUCGAUGAGGAGUUCACAAAAGAAGAACCCAUCAACUCUUAUGUACCUGAGACUAAUAAAGAAAUCGUUGAUGAAUAUCAAACAGAAUUUGACGGAUUUUCUUACAAUCCCAAUGCAUUAAAUUAACAUUCAACAUAAAAUGAACAUAAUUAGAAUAAUUAUUGA